AUGUCAUGGUAUUCGAAGAUCUACGUAGCAGUGAGGGAGUAUCGAGCAAAAAAUCGAAAUGGUGGAUGGAUUUUGACAAGAUGCCUGAAUAUUCUUCUCUUAACACAACUAUUCUUUUUAUGGAUGACACUUUAUUUCUACAUAAAAGUAACCGUUGGGUAUUAUGUGCAAUCCCCCGUCCAGGCCACAAUCUAUCUAAUCAUAUGCUCGUUCCUUUUCGUUAUGUCAAUGUGGAGCCUUGCAAAGACAUUAUUCACAAGAGUUGGAAGAGUUCCAGAGAGGUAUAGGCCUAGUAAAGAAUUGGAAGAUCGUCUGAAAGCAGUCACUCCAUUCGAAAAUAACCGAUAUGUUGUGGAGAAGUCGACUGCCGAGCAGCUAAAACAACAAAACAUAAUACUGGAGGAGAUGUGCACGUUCUGUAAAGUAGUCGUCGCCGAGUGUGAUCAAGUGGGACGUCUCAAGUAUUGUUACGAGUGUGGCCACCUCAAACCGGAUCGUACUCGUCACUGCAGCUCAUGUGGCAAGUGUAGCAUUAAGUAUGAUCAUCACUGUCCGUGGAUCAACAUGUGUGUUACACAUGCCAAUUACAAGUACUUCUUGCUCUAUGUGAUCUACACAAGUCUCCUCGUUUAUUGGUAUUUGCUCACUUCACUCGAAGGCGCUGUUCGAUACUUCAUUAUUCAAAAAUGGAAGGAAGACUUGUGGAAAAUAUUGUAUUAUUUAUUCAGUUUUGUUGCUGGCGGAGUUUUCGGAUAUUAUCCACUCGGAGAGUUGCUGAUAUUUCAUUAUCAAUUGAUUGCAUUGAAUGAGACUACUGUCGAGCAGACGAAGCCAGCGGUACUGAGAUUCGAUAAUGCUGCGGAUUAUAAUAUGGGAAAAUGGAAUAACUUUCGCUCAGUUUUUGGAUGGGGAUUAUGGAUGUGGCCAAUCGAAUCUAAUGAGCAAGAUGGUUUACAUUUUGAUAUAAGAUAUGUCAAUACUCAACAACGGAAUAGAUUUGUACGAGUGGAGGAGGAACAAUCGAGUACAGCACCGAGUUGUGAAUCUUCUAUUAGCUGA